AUGGGGUCCCUUGGCGGCAUCUCCCCCGGGGGUACAAUCGCCAUCGGAAUCAUCGUCGGACUCUUGUCCACGAGCGUCCAGAGUCUGGGUCUCACCCUCCAGCGGAAGUCCCACAUCCUCGAAGACGAAAAGGGCCCGCACGAGAUACGCCGGCCUCCGUACCGAAGGGGCAGAUGGCAGCUGGGGAUGGGCAUGUUCAUCGCCGCCAACCUGCUCGGUAGCUCCGUCCAGAUCUCGACCCUCCCUCUCCCUGUGCUCUCGACCCUGCAGGCCUCGGGCCUUGUCUUCAAUUCGAUAUGCGCCACCCUCAUCCUCAACGAACCCUUCACGAGGUGGUCGCUCUGGGGCACCUUGCUGGUUUGCGCCGGCGCCGUGCUGAUCGCCAUCUUCGGCGCCAUUCCCGCGCCUGCUCAUAAUUUGCAGGAGCUGCUGGAGCUGCUCGGCCGCAAGCCGUUCAUCGUGUGGAUGGUCAUGCAGGCUUUCCUGGUCCUGUCCAUCGCCAUCAGCGUCGACUGCCUCGACCACUUUACGAGCAUGUCGCUUAACUCCAAGUUCCGCUUCGCCCGUGGUCUUGCCUACGGGUGCAUAAGCGGCAUCUUGUCGGCGCAUUCACUGCUGGUUGCCAAGUCGGCCGUCGAGCUGAUCAUUAAGACGAUCGCGGACGGCAAUAAUCAGUUUGUCCACUGGCAGGCUUGGGUUCUCGUGCUGGCGCUGGUCAUUCUGGCUCUGAGUCAGCUCUACUAUCUACAUCGUGGUCUAAAGCUCGUUUCGACCUCAGUGCUGUACCCCCUGGUGUUCUGUGUCUACAACAUCAUUGCGAUCCUGGACGGCUUGAUAUACUUCAAGCAAACGGACAUGAUCAACCCCCUCCGCGCGUGCCUUAUUGCGCUGGGGACCGCGAUCCUACUGGCUGGCGUGUUGGCUUUAUCCUGGCGCCUUAGCGACGAGCAGCAUACACCGGGCGUCGGCCAAUCUUCCCUGGCACCCGGCCUCGGCCUAGUGGAGGACACAGAAGAUGAGGAGGAGUCUCUCUUGGGCGGCGGCGACGACCUCUACAGCCUCCACGAAGAGGACGACCCGUUGCCUGCAACGACCUACUCGACAUUCCACGUGGCGAGCGGCGAGACAACACCGUUGACUCCCACGUCCAAACGCAAGAAGACCGGCAGGAGAUGGCAGGAACGCGCCGAGAUCUGGGGCGAGCUCGAGGACCGCGACACGCCUAGCCCGCCCGUGUCGCGCAGGCGCUCCAGCACGAUGCCCGACGUCGGCGAAUCAACAUCCCUCCUCCCGCACCGCCGCGGUGUGAGCAACGGCAGCAGCAACCAACUUCCCCCGCCCGCCUCCGCCUCAGAAGCCGGGCCCAGUAACGAAUCGAGCUCAUUACGCCGGCCCUUGGGGCGCAGGCGACGUAAAUCCACGGGAUUUCCAGGUUUCACGGCCCGCCGCCGACGCAAGAGUCAGAGCAACACGCCCACGCUGCAGGAUGCGCUGGGCGGCAUCUGGAAGCUCAAGUGGUGGCGGUCCGACAAGGGCUCCGGCGGUGCGGCGGUGGACGACGGUGCGAGCAAUCCGCCGGGGAGCAGCGGGAGCGGCAGCAUAUGGCCCGUGUUUCGAGACGACCCUCCACCGCCGCCGGAGCAAGGGGAAGGGGACGCUGGAGUUGACGCCGGAAGGGGGAGGGAGAACGGCAGCGGCGACAGGUCCCAGGAUAGAGGGCGCGGCGGCCGUCCGGAUGACGAUUCGCUUGUAUGA